AUUAGGCCUUUUCUCAAUGUUUUGAUGCCUGUCUGAAAACACAACUGUCUCAGACAGGACUGUUACCAUGACUUCCUCCCCUAUUAUUGUGUUUUGUGCGGGUAUUAAGGCAGAUAGGGGAUAUGAAUAGUAAUAGUGGAGCAAAGAUGAGUUACGUCUGCGAUCAAGCACACUUACAAAACGGAGGAAGCAGACAGCAAAAUACUCUGCUGCCUUUCUUAAGACUGGGCCGGGACCGGUAGCACGAGAACUCGAAACUAGCCUACAAAGAUACGGAGACGACGUAAUGUCUUGCGCGGUGGAAUAACAAAUUAAAUGGACUGUAUUCCGUCGAAAGUUGAUUAUUAAAGAAAUAGAGCAAAGUGAACCGAUCGCUCUCUCUCAAACACACAAGGCGUCUACGGGACUGUAGAACCGGAGGGAGCCUCGUUUUUUUUUGCUGGUUUGCACACAUUUCUGAGGUUCAAGUGGGGCACUUUAAAUGAUCUGAAGUAACGUCAGAAUGUUGUAUUGUUGUGAUUUACUCGGCCGUGUUUGGCACUCACCGUUCAUUCGGUUAUAUUUGUUGGCAUUUUUUAUAGCACCUGUGUUCUUACACCCACAAUGUUUGGAUUUCAAGCCCCCCUUCAAGCCUCAAGAUGAUCUCCAGUUCUGCGCAAUGUACAGGAACUUCGGCUGCUGCGACUCUGCCAAGGACAAGGAAUUGAUGGCUAAAUUCUAUAAGAUCAUGGACAAUUUCGACUAUUAUGGAUACGCCAGCUGUGCUGGGUACGUGCAGGACCUUCUCUGCCAGGAAUGCUCUCCAUAUGCAGCUCACCUCUUUGAUGCUGAGGACCCCAGCACCCCUAUCAGAACCCUCCCUGGCCUGUGCCCUGACUACUGUUCACAGUUCUGGCUCAAAUGCCGUUCCACCAUCACCUUGCUCUCCGAUGACCCGCAGCUAGCCGAAGCCGAGCCGGACCAGGACCGCUUCUGCCAGCACCUGGAGCUGGAGGACCCAGACUACUGUUACCCACACCUUCUCAGCAACGAACAGCUGACACAGAACUUGGGCCGGGUCCGGGCCGACCCCGAGGGUUGCCUGCAGCUCUGCCUGGAGGAAAUAGCCAAUGGCCUGCGGAACCCCCUGGCCAUGGUUUACGCCAACGACGGAACACACCGCUUCUUUAUAGCAGAGCAGGUGGGUCUGGUGUGGACGUACCUACCCGACCGCUCCAAGCUGGAGAAGCCGUUCCUGAACAUCACCAAGGCCGUUCUGACGUCGCCCUGGGAGGGGGAUGAGAGGGGCUUCCUGGGCAUGACCUUUCACCCCAACUACAAGUACAACAGGAAGCUGUAUGUAUACUACUCUGUGGAGAUUGGCUUCGAUGAGAGGAUCAGGAUCAGCGAGUUCCGCGUCUCUCCCAGCGACAUGAACGUGGUGGACCACGGGUCUGAGAGGAUCAUUCUGGAGGUUGACGAGCCUGCGUCCAAUCACAACGGAGGAAUGGUGAUGUUUGCUGAUGACGGUUACCUGUACAUUUUCACUGGAGACGGGGGCAUGGCUGGUGACCCCUUUGGGAAAUAUGGAAACUCUCAGAACAAGUCAGCCCUGUUAGGCAAAGUUCUCCGGAUCGAUGUUGAUGACAACGACAGAGGUCCCCUGUACAGGAUCCCUUCUGACAACCCGUUCGUGCAUGAGCGCGGGGCGCGCCCUGAGGUCUAUGCUUAUGGGGUGCGCAACAUGUGGAGGUGUUCUGUGGACCGGGGGGACCCCCUGACUAAGGAGGGCAAGGGACGCAUCUUCUGCGGGGAUGUGGGACAGAACAAGUUUGAGGAGAUCGACAUCAUAGAGAAGGGAAAGAACUACGGCUGGAGGGCCAAAGAGGGGUUCUCCUGUUAUGACAAGAAGCUGUGCACCAACAGCUCUCUAGAUGAUGUACUCCCCAUCUAUGCCUACCCUCACAAGAUGGGCAAGUCUGUGACUGGUGGCUAUGUGUACAGAGGCUGUGAAUACCCCAAUCUGAACGGCAUGUACAUAUUUGGAGACUUUAUGAGCGGGCGUAUGAUGACCCUCCAGGAGAAUAAGAACACAGGUCAGUGGGACUACCAUGAGAUCUGUAUGGGCAUGGGUCUGACCUGUGCCUUCCCUGGCUUAAUCAACAACUACUACCAGUACAUCAUCUCAUUUGCGGAGGACGAGGCAGGAGAACUAUACUUCAUGUCAACUGGAGUGCCCAGUGCCACAUCUCCCACCGGUGUGGUUUACAAACUGGUGGAUCCCUCAAGACGGGCACCGCCAAGACAAUGCCACUAUGACCCGCUGCCUGUCAGAGUGAAGAGCAAGCUCAUCAAAUUCAAACCAAAGGAAACAUUAACAGGAGUUGAACUACCGACCAAGCGACCAAAUCUCUCCCCGCAAGAAGAGCCCGUCAGAUCCCAUCCCACUGAGUCUGCAGUAAGCGAGUCCGACAAGGACUGGCUUCAGGAGCUCAUGGAUAUUCUGAAGGAGCAAGAGGCUGCCGCUGUCACCACCACACUUCCUCCAACCACAACCACAACCAAACCACCCAGGCACACACGACGGAAAAAUCGCAGGAAGAAGGGCAAGCAUCGGUUAGAGAGUGGGUCGGCAUCAGCAGCUGUGCCACAGAAUGGGGUGGUGAGACUUGCGGGGGACGAGCAGGGGCGGGAUGACCGGGGGAGGGUGGAGAUCUUCGCCAACGGGGAGUGGGGAACGGUGUGCGAUGACCUGUGGAAUACAAAAAACGCAGCAGUGGUUUGUCGACAGCUGGGGUUCCGGUUCGCCCUGAAGGCGUCCAAGCACUCGGAGUUCGGAGAAGGGAAGAGUCUCCGGAUUCUUCUGGAUGAUGUACAGUGUGAGGGGACAGAGGAGAGCCUGCUGGGCUGUCAACACACAGGCGUAGGUAUGCAUAACUGUGCCCAUUACGAGGACGCGGGGGUGAUAUGUGGGAACUCAGACUACGUAGAUGCCUAGAAAUGAGAGUCCAUUGAAUUUAUUCCUGACUGUGUCCUAAGUGAUUGCAACUAAAACAAAGGAAUAUUGAUGUCUAACUUUUGUCUAAUUGUUAUCAAUGGUGGCACUUAUAGGUCUACCUCUUUCAUUAAGGUAAUAUAAUGCUGAUUUAAUUGUUGUGUUAAAGUCUUAAAAGGUUUCUAUUUGAAUGUAAGGUUUUGCUAAUGUAAGACAUUGUCUUCUCUAAAGCAAAUUCAUCUAAACAGUAUUUCAAUGAAUGUAUAAGGAAUACCAGGUUAUUUAAUACUCACUCAUGAUCACAUACUGAAAUCCAUUAUCCAACCAGACUCACAAGAUGUGUUCAGUUGACAUGGAAAAAACAUACAGUAUAUAUAUACAGUACCAGUCAAAAGUUGUGACACACCUACUCAUUCAAGGGUUUUCCUUUAUUUUUAUUAUUUUCUACAUUGUAGAAUAAUAGUGAAGACAUCAAAACUAUGAAAUAACACAUAUGGAAUCAUGUAGUAACCAAAAAAAGUGUUAAACUUCUUCAAAGUAGCCAACCUUUGCCUUGAUUGCAGCUUUGCACACUCUUGGCAUUCUCUCAACCAGCGUCAUGGAAUGCUUUUCCAACAGUCUUGAAGGAGUUCCCACAUAUGCUGAGCACUUGGCUGCCUUUCCUUCACUCUGCGGUCCAAUUCAUCCCAAACCAUCUCAAUUGGGUUUAGUUUGGGUGAUUAUGGAGGCCAGGUCAUCUGAUGCAGCACUCCAUCACUCUCCUUCUUGGACAAAUAGCACUUACACAGCCUGGAGGUGUGUUGGGUCAUUGUCUUGUUGAAAAACAAAUGAUAGCGCAAACCAGAUAGGAUGGCAUAUUGCUGCAGAAUUCUAAAUAAAUCACUGACAGUGUCACCAGCAAAGCACCCCCACACCAUAACACCUCCUCCAUGCUUCAAGGUGGGAACCACACAUGCGGAGAUCAUCUGUUCACCUACUCUGCGUCUCACAAAGACACAGCGGUUGGAACCAAAAAUCACACAUUUGGACUCUUCAGACCAAAGGACAGAUUUCCACCGGUCUAAUGUCCAUUGCUCGUGUUCUUGCAACAAGCAAGUCUCUUCUUUUUAUUGGUGGCUUUAGUAGAGGUUUCUUUGCAGCAAUUUGACCAUGAAGGCCUGAUUCACGCAGUCUCCUUUGAACAGAUGCCUUUGAGAUGUGUCAGUUACUUGAACUCUGUGAAGCAUUUAUUUCGGCUGCAAUCUGAGGUGCAGUUAAUUGCCGAUUUCUGAGGCUGGUAAUUCUAAUGAACUUAUCCUCUGCAGCAGAGGUAACUCUGGGUCUUUCUUUCCUGUGGGGGUCCUCAUGAGAGCCAGUUUCAUCAUAUCGCUCAAUGGUUUUUGCGACUGCACUUGAAGAAACUUUCAUAGUUCUUGAAAUUUCCGGAUUGACUGACCUUCAUGUCUUAAAAUAAUGAUGGACUCAUUUCUCUUUGCUUAUUUGAGAUGUUCUUGGUCUUAUACCAAAUAAGGGCUCUCAACUGUAUACCAACCCUACCUUGUCACAACACAACUGAUUGGCUCAAACGCAUUAAGAAGGAAAUAAAUUCCACAAAUUAACUUUAACAAGGCACAUUUGUCAAUUGAAAUUAAUUCCAGGUUACCUCAUGAAUCUGGUUGAGAGAAUGCCAAUUGUGUGCAAAGCGGUCAACAAGGCAAAGGGUGGCUACUUUGAAGAAUCUCAAAUAUUGUAAUGCUCGGGGUGUAGUGGAGGAAGGAGUCAGACGCAGGAGACAGAGAAUUCAGAGUAGCGCUACUUCUUUAUACACCGACCAGGUGAAAACAGACGCCACUCAAAACAAAUGCCCUAAAACACAGGGGAACUAAACAGUUCCAAAAACAACUCACGUACACGAACAACCGUGACAUACAGGCGUGUACAAUGAGUACACAUAAAACAAUCCCGCACACCCAGCAGGUGGGCCGGCUGGCUAAUAAAGCCCAACUAAUAAACCUAAUUAACAACAGGUGUAACUAAUAAACAGACAAGAAGGGGGAGGAAAAGAUCAGUGGCAGCUAGUAGGCCGGUGACGACGACCGCCGAGCGCCACCCGAACGGGAAGGGGAGCCACCUUCGGUAGGAGUCGUGGCAAAUAUAAAAUAUUUGUAGAUUUGUUUUAAAAAAUGGUUACAACUGGAUUCCAUAUGUGUUAUUUCGUAGUUUUGAUGUCUUCACUAUUAUUCUACAAUGUAGAAAAUAUAAAAAGUAAAGAAAAACCUGGAAUGUGUAGGUGUGUCCAAACUUUUGACUGGUACUGUAUAUAGAGAGAGUUUGUGUUAAAGUCUUAUUGGUUUUUUCGUUGCUGUUUUUUUGUUAUUUCACUUGCUUAGGCAAUGUAAACACGUUUCCCAUGCCAAUAAAGCGACUUUGGAAUUAAGUUAGAGGGAGGGAGAGAGAGAUAGAGAGAGAGAGAGAGAGAGAGAGAGAGAGAGAGAGAGAGAGAGAGAGAGAGAUGGGAUAAAGGGGAAGAGGAAAUAGUGUGGAGUGACAAGAGAGGAUUAAGAGUGGGCAAAGUUAAAACUGCCAAUUCGAAGCCUGGAAUCCAAACGGAAUAUCGCUCUGUUUCUCUAUUCAGUGUGGACUGACAAAAUGCUAGCCUAUUUGUCCAAGUCAAAAUCAAAUCAAACUUUAUUUGCCACAUGCGCUGAAAGUGUAGACUUUACCGUGAAAUGCUUACUUACAAGCCCUUAACCAACAGUGCAGUUCAAGAAGAAGAAAAUAUUUACCAAGUAGGCAAAAAUAAAAAGUAAUAAUGAAAAGUAACACAAUAAGAAUAACGAGGCUAUAUACAGGAGGCACCGGUACUGAGUCAGUGAGCAGGGGUACAGGCUAGUUGAGAUAAUCUGUACAUGUAGGUGGGGGUGAAGUGACUGGAUAGGUAACAAACAAACAGUGAGUAGCAGCAGUGUACAAGCAGUCUAAUGGCUUGGAGAUAGAAGCUGUUGAGGAGCCUUUUGGUCCUAGACUUGGCGCUCUGGUAACGCUUGCCGUGCGCUAGCAGAGAAAACAGUCUAUAACUUGGGUGACUGGAGUCUCUGACAAUUUUAUGGGCUUUCCUCUGACACCGCCUAUUAUAUACGUCCUGGAUGGCAGGAAGCUUGACUGGGCCGUUCGCAGUGCCCUCUGUAGCGCCUUAUGGUCAGAUGCCGAGCAGUUGCCAUACCAGUCGGUGAUGCAACCGUUCAGGAUGCUCUCGAUGGUGUAGCUGUAGAACCUUUUGAGGAUCUGGGGGCCCAUGCCAAAUAUUUUCAGUCUCCAGGGGGGGAAAAGGUUUUGUCGUGCCCUCUUCACGACUGUCUUGGUAUGUUUGGACCAUGAUAGCUUGUUGGUGAUGUGGACACUGAGGAACUUGAAACUCUCGACCCGCUCCACUACAGCCCCGUCGAUGUUAAUGGGGGCCUGUUCGGACGCAUUUUCCUGUAGUCCACGAUCAGGUCCUUUGUCUUGCUCACAUUGAGAGAGAGGUUGUUGUCCUGGCACCCCACACUGCCAGUUCUCUGACUUCCUCCCUAUAGGCCAUCUCAUCGUUGUCGGUGAUCAGUUGUGUCAUCAGCAAUCUUAAUGAUGGUGUUGGAGUCAUGUUUGGCCACGCAGUCAUGGGUGAACAGGGAAUACAGGAGGGGACUAAGUACACACCACUGAGGUGCCCCAGUGUUAAGGAUCAGCGUGGCAGACGUGUUGUUGCCUACUCUUACCACCUGGGGGAGGCCCUCCAGGAAGUCUUUGAUCCAGUUGCAGAGGGAGGUGUUUAGUCCCAGAGUCCUUAGCUUAGUGAUGAGCUUCGUGGGCAGUAUGGUGUUAAACGCUGAGCUGUAGUUGAUGAACAAAUCAAAUCAAAUUUAUUUAUAUAGCCCUUCGUACAUCAGCUGAUAUCACAGCAUUCUCACAUAGGUCUUCCUUUUGUCCAGGUGAGAAAGGGUGGUGUGGAGUGCAGCUGAGAUUGCGUCAUCUAUGGAUCUGUUUGGGGGGUAUGCGAAUUGGAGUGGUUCUAGGGUGUCUGGGAGGAUGCUGUUGAUAUGAGCCAUGAUCAGCCUUUCAAAGCACUUCAUGGCUACCGACGUGAGUGCCAUGGGGCGGUAAUCAUUUAGGCAGGUUACCUUCGCUCCUUUGUGCACAGGAACUAUGGUGGUCUGCUUGAAACAUAUAGGUAUUAUAGACUCGGUCAGGGAGAGGUUGAAAAUGUCAGUGAAGACGCUUGACAGUUGGUCCGCGCAUGCUUUGAGUACACGUCCUGGUAAUCCAUCUGGCCCAGGAGCUUGGUGUUUAAAAGUUUUGUUCACAUCAGCUACUGAGAGCGUUAUCACACAGUCAUCCAGAACAGCUGGUGCUUUCGUGCAUGCUUCAGUGUUGCUUGCUUUGAGGUGAGCAUGAAAGGCAUUUAGCUCGUCUGGUAGGCUUGUGUCACUGGGCAGCUCGCGUCUGGGUUUCCCUUUGUAGUCCGUAAUAGUUUUCAAGCCCUGCCACAUCUGACGAGCACCCCAAAAGAUCCACAGAUAAUGCACUCUUUAUUGCACUCCACACUGCCCUUUCCCACCUGGACAAAAGGAACACCUACGUGAAAAUGCUUUUCAUUAACUACAGAUCAGCGUUCAACACCAUAGUGUAGGGUUCCCCAACGGGCCGCCCGCGUGUCAAAUGUAGUUUUCAGAAUAAAUUUAAAAAUAUAUAUAUUUUAGGGUGAAUUUUCAUUGUUGGACAUAAGACCAUCCAGUCAGGAUAUUUAUUUUUAUUGGCCCGCGAUUGAAUCUAGUUGAUGAUCCCUGCCAUAGCUUAGAGAUGAGCUUGGAGGGCACUAAGGACCCUGUGACGGAACACCUCCCUUUGGAACUGGACUUCCUGACAGGCCGCCCCCAGGUGGUGAGGGUAGGCAACAAUACAUCCACCUCACUGACCCUCAACACGGUUAGUCCCCUGCUGCACUCCCUGUUCACCCAUGGCUGCCUGGCCACGCACAACUGCAACAUCAUCAUUAAGUUUGCCGGCGACAGGACGGUGGUAGGUCUGACCACCGACAACGAUUAGACAGCCUAUUGGGAGGAGGUCAGAGACCUGGCAACCUCUCCCUCAACGUAAGCAAGAUAAAGGAGCUGGUCGUAGACUACAGGAAAAGGAGGGCCAAGCACUCCCCCAUCCCCAAAACGGGGCUGUUAUGGAGCAGGUCGAGAGCUUCAAGUUCCUUGGUAUCCAUAUCACCAAGAACCUAUCGUGGUCCAAACAAACCAACAUAAUCUUGAAGAGGGCAGACAACGCAUUUUCCCCCUCAGGAGGCUGAAAAGAUUUGGAAAGGUAGCUCAGAUCCUCAAAAACUUCUACAGCUGCACCAUCAAGAGCAUCCUGACUGGUUGUAUCACUGCUUGGCACGGCAACUGCUCAGCAUCCGACAGCAAGGUACUACAGAGUGUAGUGCGUACGGCCCAGUACAUCACUGGGGCUGAGCUUCCUGUCAUCCAGGACCUCUAUUCCAGGCGGUGUCAGAGGAAGGCCCUAAAGUCAUAGGCUGUUCUCUCUACUACAGCAUGGCAAGCGGAACUGUGAGGCAAAGUCUGGGACUAAAAGACUCCUUAAUAAGGCUAGGCAUCCCGCUAGCUGGACACCUGUCGACAGCAUCCGGUGAUAUUGAAGGGCGCGCAAUUCAGAUAAAUAAUCGUAUGAAACAUUUAUGAACAUACAAAAGUACCUUAUAUCGGUUAAAAGCUUAAAUUAUUGUUAAUCUAACUCCAUUGUCCGAUUUACAAUAGGCUUUACAGCGAAAGCAUACCAUGCGAUUGUUUGAGGACGGCGCCCUACAUCAACAUAUUUUUCAACCAGCACAGGCUUCAUAAAAUCACAAAUAGCGAUUAAAUAAAUCACUUACUUUUGAAAAUCUUCUUCUGUUUGCAAUCCCAAGGGUUCCAGCUACAACAUGAAUGGUCAUUUUGUUAGAUAAAAUCCUUGUUUAUAUCCCAAAAAGGAAGUUUAGUUGGCGCCAUCGAGUUCAGUGAUCUACUCGUUCAACAUGUAGACAAAGGAGUCCAAAAAGCUACCCCUAAACUUUGUUCAAACAAGUCAAACUAUACAAGACAAACGUUUCUAUUUAAUCCUCAGGUAGCUUAAAAUGUAAUUAAACUAUCAAAUUUAAUACGGGAAGAAGUAUGUUCUAUAGAAAAGUCAAAUUAGCAGGUGUGCCUCGUCUUCGUCACGCACGGACAGACUGAUUUUCCACUGGGACUCUAUACCAAAACUCCAAAUUCUUCCUUGUUUUGGAAGAAACAAGCCUGAAAACUUAAACAAAGACUAUUGACAUCUAGUGGAAGCCAUAGGAAUUGCAAUCUGGGAGCUAGAAUUGCAUAGGACCCAUAGCUUUCCAUUAUAAGAGCCUGGGUCCUCAAAAUAUUUACAUUUCCGUUAGUUUUUUCUUUGGAUUUCCACCUACCAUAUCAAUUGUGUUAUUGUCUCAUAUAUUAUUUUACAAUUUCUACAAACUUCAAAGUGCUUUCUAUCUAGGGCUACCAAUUAUAUGCAUAUCCUGGCUUCUGGGCCUGAGUAACAGGCAGUUUACUUUUGGCAUAUCAGUCAGGUGGAAAUUCAGGAAAAUAGACCAUAGCCCUAAGAAGUUUUAACAGCUUCUACCCCCAAGCCAUAAGACUGAUGAACAGUUAAUCAAAUGGCUACCCGGACUAUUUGCAUUGACCCACUUAUUUUAUUGUUAUUAUGUUUUGCACUGACUCUCUUGCACAGUCUCGAUGUACACUGGACUUUAAUUACACACUCACACAUACUACACUGACAUUCCAACACACACAUUAAUAUUUACGCACACACAUACAUUCACACUCUUCACAUACACUGUUGCUACUCUCUGUUUAUUAUCUAUGCAUAGUCACUUUACCCCUACCUACAUGUACAUAUUACCUCAAUUACCUCGACUAACCCGUACCCCUGCACAUUGACUCGUUACCGGUACCCCCUAUAUAUAGCCUUGUUAUUGCUAUUUUAUUGUGCUACUAUUUUUUUCAUUCAUUUAUUUAGCAAAUGCUUCUUACUUAUUUAAAAAAAAACAUUGCAUUGUUUGUUAAGGGCUCGUAAGUAAGCAUUUCAUAGUAAGGUCUAAACCUGUUGUAUUCGGCGCAUGUUUGACAAAUACAAUUUGAUUGGCACCUGAUUUUAUCUAGGCCUACUUUUAAUGUAAGAUGUCCUUGAGUGCCCUGAAAGGUGUCCGACAAAUAAAAUAUAUUAUCGUAAUUAUCAAUGCUAUAUACAGAGCAAAAGUUGUGGUUAUAGUAUCAAAUUCAGCAGUCUAAAUGUACCACUUUUCAAACUCCAAAGUCAAUGACACCCUGCUCAUAUGAAUCAGCCUGUUGUCGUUGUGAGAGUGACCCCUCUUCCGCUUUGACCAGGGUCAUUGAUAUGCCAAGCAUUAAGUAACACAGCUAGUGCCAGGCUUUCCCUGCCAACAAGAGACAGAGUGUGUGUAGUGGAAAGAAAGGCAACCUGUAGAUUUUUUAAAUUCACUCGACUUUAUUGCUGUUGGCUCUGACCCUAUGGCACUCCGUAGUCAAGUGUGUAUCUAUGAAUUUGUGGAUUUAUUUAUAUUCUGCUUUACACUAAUUAUGCUUUUGAGCUCUGGGUCCACAAAAACUUGCUAAUAAAGUGUUUAUUCUCCAGUG